CAGGGGCGGACUGACCAUUUGGAAACUCGGGCACAGCCCGAGGGCCCGGGGUCAGUAGGGGGCCCCAUGAGAUGCCCCUGGUACCUUUUUCAUAGGCUUUUUUGAGUUUGGGCAAGGACACAGGGGCCCCAUUAUCCCCUAUUGCCCGGGGGCCCCAUGAGUUGUCAGUCCGCCCCUGAUACCACCCAUCAGUGCUGCCCAGCAGUUGCACCCAUCAGUGUUGCCAGUCACUGCUGCCCAUCAGUGCCUCCUCAUCAGUGCCCA